UAAUUCAUCCAUCCGCGAASAUCGAAUCAAUAAUAWGCCACGUAUCAAUCAGAUGAAAAAGAUAGUUCACCAUACAAUCCGAGGUCUAGCGCUGGUUUUUUUUGUUGCAGCGUUGGUUCACCGAAGCUGCUGCGCGGAUGCCUUGAAACCAACGCGUGAUCCGUUCCUGUCAAAAARAUGCCCGCUUGCUCGCUGGAAAUCCCCAUCUUUGUCCCUCCUUCUCUCGGAUGGAAGACCAARAAUCGAUUACYGUUGUGGAAAUAAUCCUCUGUUCGUCUCGGGUGGAGGCAAAGCAAGCAAUAGCCAUCGCAGCGCUGAUACGCAUUCUGCCGACAACACCGACAGCGAAUCGCAGCCAUCACCGCCCCUGUCACAGAUUGAAUCCCUCCGGAGCCUGGCCAAAUCUCUAAACUUUUUUGGAAACAAACCGUCUCUCGAUAAUGCAAGCAAAGCACCAGAAAGAGUCAGCGACGACACAAUGCAAAACCAGCCAUUACAACAGAAGCAGAUCUAUGCCAAGAGCCUUGCGGCGGGGCUGGCGGUCUCCCUGGCAAUGAUUCCUGAGGCGAUAUCCUUCUCCUAUGUAGCAGGGGUCUCGCCACUUGUGGGAUUGUGGACGACGGUCCUCCUGGGCUUUGUUGCUGCGGCCUUUGGGGGAAGGCCCGGGAUUUGCAGUUCAGCCAGCGGUGCCUGUUCCGUGGUCGUUGCCCCGCUUUGUGCUUCCAUGGGGGCGCCGUACCUGUCGGUCUGCGCCGUGCUCACUGGAAUYCUACAGAUAGUGUUUAGGARAAUGGGCAAGUUCAUCCGUCUCGUUCCGCAUCCCGUCAUGUUGGGCUUUGUCAACGGAUUGACGGUAGUUAUGGCCAGAGCCCAGCUAGGGCACUUCCGCGAUGCGGGCGGUGCCUUUCUCUCUCUUUCYUCGGCAGAGGGCCGAUCGAUGAUCGGAUUGUCGGCCCUGACCGCCGCGUURGUUCGGGGRAUCCCCAAGCUCCCGGCCCUCGCGUCAAUUCCGCCUACGCUCGGGGCCGUCACGGUGUGUUCGAUCCUGCAAAAAAUACUGAAGCUACCGGGGGUCAAGACCCUAGCGGAUGUUUCCGGUGCGGAUACAUUCCGUGGGGGCUGGUCGGUGCUCCCGAAAUUCUCGUUGUGGCCCUCGAGUGUUCCGUUCUCUCUGGAAACUCUCAAGAUUGUCCUGCCCUAUGCRGUCACCAUGGCCGCGGUCGGUGCCAUCGAAUCUCUGCUUACGAUGCAGCUGAUCGAUGGCAUCAUGGAGGAUGGAUCAUCGUCCACCGAGCAGGAAUGUACUGGUCAAGGACUCGGCAACAUUGCGGCGGGGCUGACCGGUGGAAUCGGCGGCUGCGCUCUCCUGGGGCAGAGCAUCAUCAAUGUUGAGUCGGGGGGAGGUUCCAGCCGUCUCUCGGGGAUGAGUGUCUCCAUCUUCUUGGCACUGGGAAUCCUAGCCGGAGCUCCCUUGCUGGCGAACAUCCCCAUAGCGGCCCUCGUGGGRGUCAUGUUCACCGUCUGCCAAUCAACAUUCAGCUGGAGCAGCCUCCGGAUCCUCCACAAGAUCCCCAGGCUCGACGUUUUUGUCAUCUUUUUGGUCAGUUUCGUGACAAUCCGCGCUGAUCUAGCCAAGGCUGUGGUAGCUGGAACUGUGGCUUCGGCCCUUGGCUUUGCCUGGAAGCAAUCGACGGAAAUUGUGGCUACCGUGACGGAGGGAAAGGACAGCAAGGGCAACAACAACAAAAAAUCGARAAAGUCGRCGACAAGGUUGAAAUCSUACCACGUAAAGGGCCCCUUAUUUUUCGGUUCUGUGACCUCCUUUUCAAAGCUCUUCUCGAACAUCAAAGAGGAUCCCUCCGACGUGGUGGUAAUAGAUUUUACAAAUUCUCGAGUCUGUGACCACUCGGCCCUCGAGGCCAUUCACAACAUCGCCGAUAGGUACAACGAGGCGGGCAAGACGGUCCAUCUCCGGCACCUCAGUGAGGACUGUAGACGCUUGCUGACCAGACUUCACGGUGAGAAGAGSCCGUACGAGCUGAUCAUCGAAUCCGAUCCAAGAACGGAUCCCGUGUAUUCCGUCGCCACAAACUAAAUGCAUCGAAAUCGCUGUCGCCGUUUGCCUUUCGAAGACCUGUCAUUUGUACCAAAUAAUAUUUUAGAUAGUUU